AUGAAGCAGUAUGCAGGCGGGUGGCAGCGCGACGCGGUUCUGGAGUGUCAUGGGGGGAAGACGACGGACCACUUCAUCAAGGUGGUGUCAGGAGUGAAGCUUCCUGACACGCAGAAUGCGACAGUGGACAUUGAUGUCGCUAUGCUGGAGGAGUGCGAGGCGAGGUGGUAUGGCAACUGCUCGUGCUUGGCCUACGUUGCCGCUGAUAUCAGAGGAGGCGACAAUCAGAGUGGCUAUGUCAUGUGGACGGAUGCCAUUGUUGAUCUUCGCCUUAUUGACAGCAAGCAGGAUCUCUACCUGAGGUUGUCGAAAUUAGAAUUUGAUUGGCUACAGAGUAUUAAAGGAGAUAAUACAAUCCGCUAUUUGAAUGGCACCCUGCAGUUGUACAUGAUUAGGCUGAAACGCGCUCGUCUUACUGAUAAAGGCAGGGGAGAAUUCUUAAGGGAAGUGGAAGUGAUGUCGACACUCAGGCAUAUCAACCUUGCGGAGCUUCUCUACUAUUGCCAGGACCAGGAAGAAGAUGAAUGGAUACUAGUCUACGAGUGGAUGGAGAAAAAAAGUUCAAAUCGCUACAUAUUUGGAGAACAAAACAUGCCCCGCUCUUCACCAAAUUGGGUGCAAAGACUGGAAAUAGUUCGUGGGGUUGCAGUAGGUGUUGAAUUCCUUCACAGCAAGCAAGUCAUUCACAGGGAUCUUAAACCUGGCAAUAUACUUCUGGAUGAUUCGUGGAACCCGAAGAUAGCAGACUUCGCCACUGCCAAGCUGUUCAUUGCUGACCAGACAGAUCCGACAGUAGUAUUGACACCAGGAUAUGUGGCUCCAGAGUAUGCAGGAGCAGAGCCGACCCUGACGUACAAGUGUGAUGUAUAUAGCUUCGGAGUCGUCCUGACGUACAAGUGUGAUGCCUGGGAAUUGUGGAAUCGACAUGAUAUUGAGGAGCUUCUUGAUCAAGAAGUGGGCGAACCUGGUGAGCUCUUGUCAGCACUAGCCAGGUGCAUCCAGAUUGGCCUUCUUUGUGUGCAGCAAUCGCCCGAGGAGGGCAGGCCUGCCAUGUCUGAAGUUGUGGGAAUGCUAGCCGGCACCGACUCACACUCACAGCUCCGUAUGCCAAGUAGACCCACAGCCAACAGUGGAGCUGGCCCCAGUGUACGAUUAACCCCCGGGCCAAGCUGGGCCCUCUGA